UCCAACGUCUCUUCUGCAACUGCCCACCGAUAUCUCGCGCACGUACCCAACGUACUCUCCCUCUUCGCCGGCGUUUCUUACUUCCAAACUCUCUAUUUAAACAACUGCCACACACGCCACACUAGUCUAAAGCUUCCUCCUGUGUCGACCAAUCGAUCUUGUUUCGAGUUUGGUCACACAGAGUUCCAAAGUUUCUAGAUACUCAACCUCCAAUGGCCAGCGUCGUCGCUGCUACGAUCUGCAUUCUGCUGGCGGCCUCGGUGCCGCCGUCGUCGUCGAUUCCGGCGGUGUACAACGUCGGCGACGUGAGGGGGUGGGCGCUCCCGCCGGGCAACGGCGCCGAGACGUACAACCACUGGGCCAAGAAGAACCGCUUCCAAGUAGGCGACGUCCUGGAUUUCAAGUACGCGAACGACUCGGUGUUCCUGGUGAACCACGACGACUACAAGAUGUGCAGCACGACGACCCCCGUGAGCCGGUUCACGGACGGCGACACCAAGUUCACGUUCGACCGUCCCGGCUUCUUCUACUUCGUCAGCGGCGUGCCGGGGCACUGCGAGGCGGGCCAGCGGAUGAUCGUGCGCGUCGUGGCGCACUCUGCGCUGGCCGCCGCUCCGGCGUCUCCGCCUUCCGCCGGCUUCGGCAGCGCCUCCAGCCCAGUCGUCUCGGCUCCGGCAUCUCCGGGGUACGGGUCCAGCGCCGGCGGGUCCACGCCCACCAGUUUCGGCCCGAGUCCGCUGGCCGAGCCCAGUGGUGCGUCUAGCCGCGCCCUCGCAGCUGGCUUCUCGCUUGUAACCUGUCUGCUCGCCGGUGUCAUCGCCAUGAUCGCGUUCGCGUGAUCUUAUUUAGAGAAGCAUGUUGGAUUAUCGAUUUGUAGUGUGUGUGUCACAUCGGUGUAGGGAUUAAUGUUAGUUUUGAGAUCUAAGGCAGUGGUAGGGAGGAAGAACACCUCAUCUGUUAGGGAGAAAAAUUAGUUGGGCGAAACCUUAUGUGUAAUCCCCUGAAAUAAAAUGGAAAUAAAUUUCGCCAUGUGCCGUUCAUGUACCA